AUAUUGCUGGGCAACCCUGCGCUCGCGUCGAUUUUGAUAGCGUUAGAUAUUUUUCUGUUUUGCUGAAAAAUAAUAUUUUCUUUAUAAUUUAAACAAAAUAGUUACUAAUUUUCGGUGAAAAAAUGAGUGAUCCGUUAAAAAAAGGCGGCCGGACAACUGUGGUCUCUUCAGAGCUGUCUGACCUGAAAUUUGUUAAGCUGCACAGCCCUAAAAUGAAGAGUGUUUACUGGCAGCAUUUUGGGUUUCCUACUAAUGAACAUGAUCGCAUCAUCACUAAACAAAAUGUUGUGUGCACAUUGUGCCACAAGGUUUUGACUAACCAUGGAAAUACAACAAAUUUGCGCGCACACUUGCAACAUCGGCACAAAGACAUUUUUCAAAAAAUUUGCAUCGAAAAUGGUAUAAGAAUACCACCUCGACGUCCACUUACUAAACCUAACAAUUCUGGGAUGGGACCUGGCCGCAUGAGCACAAAGCGCGACCCUCUUCGUCAAAAGGUUAAAAUAGAGUCUCGGGAAUCCAUGCAAGAUACAUCAAACCAAGGUAGUUUGCCGGGAGAAGAGCCAUCAAUGCUCUAUGAGACAAUGGUUCCCAUGACAUACGACGACGACGACGUAAUUGAUAACGAUCACUUCGUGAAAGUAGAAGUGUCCGGCAAUACAAGUGUUGACGGAUUGUCAAAAGUUAAGAAUGCAAAUGAACAUAGUACUGUAGAAGUAAUAUCUAUGUUGCCAAAAUAUAGUGCAGUUCCAAACUAUCGGUCGGAAAUGGGAGAGAUGGUGAACCAAUACCAGUUGCAAGAUGCCUUGGUAAAUAUGGUCAUAAAUGAUGUACGCAACGUGGAUACACUUUAUGAUCAGGGUAUGUCGACAUUUAUUCGCACCCUUUGUGGCAAUGUUUCAUUGCCAUUGGACAAAAAGAUUGAGGCGCUUAUUCGCGAAUUACAUAGCGACAAGUUGACUACACUGGCAAGCCAAAUUAAAAUGCGCUCACAAGUAAAACCGUAUUCUUUGGGCUUUGAAAUUUGGAAGAACGUUGAAAAUAAACAUUUUAUGUCAAUAUAUUUCAACUAUACUACAGAUGCACCGGAAUACAAUCUUCUAAAUCAAUUGUACUGCACAGUUGAAUACAACAAGUUUACAUCCAUCGACGAAAUAUUUGAAGAAUUCAAUUUGGAAAAUUGCGCAGCAGCUAUUGUUAGCUAUGAAUAUGAUGACUAUCUUAAACACUUUUUGAAAUCCAAGAAUGUCCCAAUUAUAUUGUCGUACGAUGUCACUGUGGACAAGUGCUUGAAAUGUGUAUUCGCUUUACCGGAUGUGGCUUCAAUAAUUGAUCAAGUUAAGGAAAUGAUAAUGCGCUAUGGAUCGGAGAUUAGUUCAAAGGAUGUAGACAUUCCCACAAUAAAUGAUGAAUUUCCCUGGACGUUUUACGAACUUUUAAAAUUUUUUUCCGAGACCGUAUCAUGGCCCGAAGACGUUGAUAUUCUAGUUUCUUCCUCGAAAGUUAUUGUGGAUACGUUAAAUAUCUUAGCCAUAACUUUGGAUACGCUUAAGGGUGAGGAAAUUCCGCACAGUAGUAUGUUAUCGCCUAUAACAUCCAAAAUAGUGAAUAAAAAAUUAGCUUUAUGUGAAACUGACGAUGAAUUUGUGGCGAAUAUAAAAACAACUAUAAGCAGAGAACUUCAGGACGUUGUAAUUUCCGAUCACCACUUGACCAUUGCGGCAUUGCUUGACCCUCGAUUUCAUCGACUAACAACUGUUAAAAAUCUAGGAAAAUGUAUCCAAAUUUUAACUAAUAAUUACAACAAAAUGCACCAACAAGAUGGAGGUAAUGUGACAGUGACAAAAGAUUCAACCGAAAAUAAACCUGCUACUUCCACUUCAAGGAAGUCAAAUUUGGAGAUAUUUUUUGAUAUUCAGGAUGAGCCGGUCCCUUCAUCUGCAACGCAAGAAGAGUGUAACUUAGAAAGUGAUCUGAAACGUUACCGAACGGAAGUAUAUGUAAAUUUAGAUGAAUCACCGUUUUCAUGGUGGAAUAAAUUUGGUCAUAUGUAUGGGAGCUUAAAACGUCUGGCACCCAUUUACCAGUGCAUGCCAUGCGUUGUGAACAUGAAUUUUAAGAAGCAUGUCAAGCAGCAAAUUUAUGAACAGCAUAAGCGAUAUAUGCUUACAGGCAAUUUAAUCGAUGCAAUUCUUUUUCUGCAUAAUAAUAACGAUAAUAAGUUUGAUUAGAGCACGAGUGGAGUAAUUGUUAAUAUUUUAUUAUUAGUUAUAACUCAAAGUAAAUAAACGCAGUUAUAUAACUUCGUA